GGGGGGGGGGGGGGGGGCGCGACGAGCUGCCCCUCCUUCGCCUCCUCCUCGUCGUCGUCCUGCUCCUCCACGGACGAGCGGCUGCCACCCUUCGCCGCGCCGCUCCUCGCCGGCAGCAGCAGCGGCUGCGAGAGCCCCGGCUCGCCGAGCCGCGGGGAGUCCAGCAAGAAGCUGAAAGGAGGCUACAUCCCCAGCUACCUGGAGAAGGAUGAGCCGUGCGUGGUGUGCGGGGACAAGGCCACGGGCUACCACUACCGCUGCAUCACCUGUGAGGGCUGCAAGGGGUUUUUCCGGCGCACGAUCCAGAAGAAGCUGCACCCGUCGUACGCCUGCAAGUUCGGCGGCCGCUGCGCCGUGGACCGGGUGACUCGCAACCAGUGCCAGGAGUGCCGCUUCCGCAAGUGCUUGGCUGCCGGGAUGGCGGCCGACUUGGUGCUGGACGAGAGCAAGCGGCAGGCGAAGCGCCGUCUCAUCGCCGACAACCGCGAGCGCCGGCGGCAGGAGGAGCUGCAGCGGAGCCUGAAGGAGCGACCGGAACCAAGCGACGAGGAGUGGGACCUCAUCCGCGUCGUCACCGACGCUCACCGUGCCACCAACGCGCAGGGCAGCACCUGGAAGCAGCACCGCAAGUUCAUGUCGGAGGACAUCGGCCAUGGCUCGGUGAUCUCGAGUCGUGAUGGAGACAAGGUGGACCUGCAGGCGUUCGGCCACUUCACCCGCAUCAUCACGCCCGCCAUCACCCGCGUGGUCGAUUUUGCCAAGAAGCUACCCAUGUUCACGGAGCUGCCGUGCGAGGACCAGAUCGUGCUGCUCAAGGGCUGCUGCAUGGAGAUCAUGUCGCUCCGCGCGGCCGUGCGCUACGAGUUUGAGAGCGACACGCUCACGCUCAACGGGGAGGUGGCCGUGAAGCGCGAGCAGCUCAAGAACGGCGGCCUGGGCGUCGUAUCGGACGCCAUCUUUGAGCUGGGCCGCUCGCUCGCCGCGUUCGAGCUCGACGACUCGGAAGUGGCGCUGCUGCAGGCCAUCCUGCUCAUGUCCUCCGACCGUCCGGGCCUGGUGAGCGUGGACAAGGUGGAGAAGAUGCAGGAGACCUACCUGCUCGCCUUCGAGCACUACGUCAACCACCGCAAGCACGCCAUGCGCUUCUUCUGGCCCAAGCUGCUCAUGAAGGUCACCGACCUGCGCCUCAUCGGUGCCUGCCACUCCAGCCGCAUCCUGCACAUGAAGGUCACCUGCCCCUCCGAGCUCUUCCCGCCACUCUUCCUCGAGGUGUUUGAGGACUGACGGAGCCACGGAACCCGGGGGUGGGGGGGGGGCUAGCGGGACGGAGCGGCCGGCGUGGGCGGCGCCGUCGCCGGGAAACCCCGGAGAGGAGCGCGAGGCCGCGAAGAACGAGCGAGCGAUCGGUCUCGAGAGAUGGGGCGCCGGCGGUUCUGAGCACCGCCACGCCCGGCUGCUUGCGGCCGGCAGAGAGCCACCCGGCGCGUGACCGGCUCGCCGCUCCGCGGACACUGAAGCCGCUUCCCCGCGUUCCCCGAACGGGCCUGCACUUAAACGAGACGACUCCUACCGUCCACUUCACGGCACUUCGUCCGACUCUAAGUAUUUGCCGGGAACCGGCAGCGACGACGCCCGGGUGCGGCCUCCCGAGGGCGUGGCGUGUUUCAUUUCUCUUAGUCGGACGGCCACGGCGCGUCGCUCCGUCCCCUCGGGAAGCUCCUCGCUUCCCCCGUGCCGGACCGCUCGGUCGGCCGGCUGGCCGAGCCGAUGGCCCCUCGACGCCACGGCCCGCCGAGGCCCUCGCCGCGGCUGCCGCGCUCAAAGGAAUGCCGAGGAGGUACAGUGACGCUCGCCCGAAGGCGAUGUACAAAGUGACGAACUGGGUGCGUGGUGUCCUGAUGUGUUACAGUUCUCGGACCAAUUAAACCAAGUUUAUUUCUUA